AUGGCCGUGGUUCUUCGUACUCUGUUGUUUUUUCUGACUGUCCUAUCCGUUGCUCUCUCUGUGCCGACCACCGAGUCCAAUGCUCAGUCUUCCCUGCCACUCCAUGAUCCCUAUUCUGUGAGAGAGCAGACAUUUGGUCCUUUCCGGAAACUACGCGAUGCUAUCAUCGAGAAACUCUGGUCUAUCCCACACAAGUCUACUCACCAUUCUUCUACUACCUCAUCCCCACAAACUCCCGAACUCUUUCGCGCUCGUUAUGGCAACGAUGUGGUCCUACGAUUCCAAUUGAGAACUGAAGAAGAUGCAAAGGCUCUUCUUCAAGCGGCCGAUAUCCUAUUCCUCGAUAUCUGGGAAGGCACCAAUGAAUGGGUCGAUAUCAGAGUUGCAAAAGACAUUGUACCUUCCUUCAUUGGACUACUCCCUGCCUCUCUUCACAAAUCAUAUACUCCGCUAAUGCAUGAUCUUGCUCGUGCUGUGUACGACACCUAUCCUGGCUCGGCUUCCUCAGACGAUGACACUCCUCGCGAUGGUCCAACCCCUUCCCACAACUGGAGAUCAACCGUUCAGCCAUCUCAGAAUCUCUUCUUCCACGACUUCCAGCCUUUGUCGGUGCUCUAUCCCUGGUUGAGACUUAUCGCUUCUCUAUUUCCAACCCACGCAAGCUUGAUCAGUAUCGGAAAGUCGGCCGAGGGUCGUGAUAUUUCUGCUCUCAGACUUGGUACUCAGAAGGACUACGCUCGAGGUGAUGACCACACUACUCGACAUACUUUAAUCAUAGCUGGAGGUACCCACGCCCGUGAAUGGAUUUCAGUCUCCACAGCUGCAUAUAUCGCCCAUAGCUUGGUCACCAGAUACGGCCAUUCACAAUUCCCACAUGUUACAAAGCUGCUCGACCAUUUCGACGUGGUGGUCAUUCCUGUCGUCAACCCCGAUGGCUACGAAUAUACCUGGACAACGGACAGGCUUUGGCGCAAGAACCGGCAAUCGACAGACAUCGCUUUCUGCCCAGGCAUUGACAUCGACCGCUCAUUCUCAUUCGGUUGGAGUGGGCACAAUAGUCGAGAUAAUGCUUGCAGUGAUGAUUAUGCAGGUACCGAACCGCUCGUUGCUCUGGAGGCCAAAGUCCUUACAGAAUGGGCCCGAAAUGAAACGGAGAACAACAAUGUAACCUUUGACGCUUAUCUCGAUCUUCAUUCGUACUCACAGGAAGUCCUUUACCCCUACACAUAUUCUUGUGAUGCGGAGCCUCCGAACCUGGAAGAUCUGGAAGAAGUUGCUAUGGGACUCGCCAAGUCGUUCCGCCUGACCAAUGGCCACUACUACGGGGUGGAAAGCGCAUGCGAAGGAAGCAUUACUUUCAAGGAUCAGACCAAGUCCACAAGAGUACAAGCUGAUUCGCAAGGUGGUUCUGCUUUGGACUUUUUCUAUCACGACCUGAACGUCAAGUUCGCCUAUCAAAUCAAGCUUCGAGAUACUGGCACUUACGGCUUUUUAUUACCGCGUUCACAAAUUGUCCCUACUGGAGAAGAAACCUACGAAGCUGUCGUAGGCUUGGGUCGAUGGUUGUUGGGAAACCAUGGAAUUGAAAGUAUUGGUGACAGAGAGUCUGUUUGGGGCGUGGAUCUCGAUCCCAUUCUUGCAAAAAAGAAGAAAACCACGGCGACAGUGCUCGAGUCAGGCGAUGACAAUGAAUUUGACGAUGAUUCGUCAUUUGAGCUGAGAAGGAGAAAGAGGAGGUAA